AUGGUCGGGGACAUCGAGCGGCUGCUCGAGGGCCAGGACGGGCCGCCGCGCUCGCGGCAGCCUGGCGGCCCCACCGGGCUGGGCUGCGCGGCGGGCCCUGCGGAGGCAGGGGCGCCGCCGGCGGCCAGCCGGUCCCCGCCGCACGGCCCCGACCCGGGAGGCGGCCGUCCUUCCAGGUCCGACGGAGCCGCCCGCUCUGUGGCCGGCAAGGGCGGCGCUGCGCCCCUCUCGGCGAGCGCGUCCUGGCCGCGCUCCCCGCGCGGGGAGCAGAGCGCGCAGCCGGUGGCGCUGCCGCCGGCUCCAGGCGCGCAGCAGGAGAGGCUGGAGCCAGCAGAGGCGGCCCGCGCGGCCGAGGCGCUGGCGGAGUGGCGGCCGGGGCAGAGAGGCGGGGGUGGCUCGGUGGUCUUCGGCGGUGGCGGCACCUUCGAGGUGGGUGCCCCGGUGGAGAGGCUCAGGGACAGGCUGCUGGAGUGGACGGUCGUCUUCAGCGAGCACUUCGAGGGGCGCGUCUACCUGCGGGAGCUCGUCGGGCAGACUCUAUUCGGCCUGCUUGGGCCCCUUGGGGUCCCGCUGCUGCGGGUGUACUAUGGGACCUCUGAGGCGAUACAGAACCGGCAGAUGACAUGGCCCUCAAAGUCCAGCCGCACUUGGCAGGAGUACCGUGCCUUGGUUUUAUUUGCUUCUGUGGGUUGGUUGUCUGGCUUAUCUUUAUGCAGUGCUCUGGUCAUCUGGUUUUUCUGGGCUCCAGAGGGCACGUCGGCGGCCGAGAUCUGGCUGAUGUGCGCGGCAAUGUUCAUGAUGAACAACACCAGGGCGAUCAAGUAUGCACACUUCCCGCUAGCCUCCUACCGACAGUUUGACACCACCCUGCUGAGGCUGGACCGCGUGGUCUCUGGGCUCGUCCUGGUGUCCUGGCUCAAGCCCAGCCAGAAGACGAUCGACGACUUCCUUGACCUCAGCAUGCUCACGGUCCUCGGGCCGGUACCAAGGCACACGAAGCUGCGCUUCCUGAGGUGGCCCACGACCAUGCACCGCGCCCAGACCAUCGCCAAGAGGCAAGGCUUGAGCUCCAGGGCGAUCGUGUGCCACGCGCUGCUCAGGCGCCAGCCGGCGGCCGCGAAGUGCAUGCACUCCCAGGGCUCCAGGCUCCAGGCGCCCGACUUUGCGCUGGAGCUGCCCCCGGGCCUCGCGCCGACGGGCGCCGUGGAGGGCCCCGCCGAGUGCGACGGGCCCUCCUCCCACGAGGUGGCGCUGGAGGAGCUGUUCCGAGAGAUCGUGGAGGCGGCGGUGCGCUGGGAGCAGAAGACGCUCAUCGGCAGGGCAGGACCGGCCGUGCCCCUGGGCGCCCUGGCCACCGCCUUCCUGGGGUGCUUUGGGCGGCUUGCGAGCGGCCGGCCCUUCUUCGGGGCCGGCUGGCUGACCAAUCUGCAGGUCGCGCUCGUCCUGCUCCCCACGUUGCUCUCCGGGGGCCCCUGCGUGGGCUUCAUCUUCUUGCCACCGAAUCUUCGCCGGCAUCCGCGACAUGCACCGGCGCCUGAUCAUAAUCAGGUCGCUCACCGCGCUCCUCUCCGCGCGGUCGUGCGACCGCAGGAUGUGGCCGCCGCUGCCGCCCGAGAUCCGCGCCCUCGGGGUCCUGGACCUGGGCGACGUCGAGACGGUGGAGGGCUUCCGCGAGCUGCACGGGCUGUGCCGGGACUUCGGCAGGUCCUUCAGCUCGCGGAUCGUGACCUUCAUGAACGCGUUCGCGGCGAUGACGGCGUGCAUGAUGUCGUGGGUGCUAGUGCUCGUGGAGCUCAAGGCCUACGGCUUGCUGGACAGAACCGUCCUCCUGAUCUGCGUCUACUGCGUGACCGUCCUGGGGGCCUCCGUCAUUGGGCUGGCUCUUCUCGGGGAGGGCGUGAACUCCGCCUCCGACCGCAUCGUCUUCCUGCUCAG